ACAUUUUCUAUGGGUCCUGCCUGAGAAUACGUGUGUGUCUGUGUGCUGGAGCAAUUGAACAGUUUACAAAAGCAGAGUCGCGCGGACACACCUCAAGCCCUGAAGAAGUGAUCCGGAGACGCGGCUGAUGUGGCCUGAACCACUUUGUCGUUUUAAAUAUUAAACAACUUGACUUGAAGAAGUCGCGUCGGGGUCGACUUUGAGAUCCCUGUGACCCUGGUCUGUCGCUGUCAGCAGGGAGGAGUGUCAUGGCGGAGCCCGACUAUUUGGACGGAGACUGUGAUGAGCUCAUCAAACCCAAGAAGCUGAUCAACCCAGUGAAGAACUCCCGAAACCACCAAGACCUGCACCGAGAGCUGCUCAUGAACCAGAAGAGGGGUCUGGCUCCUCAGAACAAACCUGAGCUGCAGAAAGUUCUGGAGAAGAGGAAGAGGGAGCAAGUUCUCAAGGCUCAGAGGGAGGAGCAGGAGGCCCACAAGAAAAGGAGCGACCUGGAGAUAGAGCUCAUGAAAAGACAACAGAAACUAGAGCAGCUCGAGCUGGAUCAGCAGAAAAUCGAGGAGGAUGAGGAGAACACCCCUGAGUUUGUAAAGAUGAAGAGCAACCUUCGCAGGACCAAGCUGGAGGCCAAUGAGGAGGAACGAACCACUUAAAAGCCAGCAGGGGUGUCUGGGUCUGGCUGAUUGUGCGCAUGUUUGUGAGCACAGAGACGUCACAAGUGUGUGUACAAAAAGAGAGAGAGAGUGUGUGGUGGUGACCCCACCGUGGUCCGAGAUGAACUUCCUGGCUUUUCCCAUCCUAGCUGUUGCUCCCUGCAGUGAGGAGAGAGACUUUACAUACUAAAGACCCCCCUCUGUCUGCCUGGCUGCCACGGACUGCCAGUAACUCACCUCUGGUUCUCACACAACAUCCAGCAGUACACAGCACCCCCUGCAGGAGGGACCAUAACACAGACAUGUUACAAGUCUUUCAAAGAGGGCAAGCAAGCUUCCAAGCUCUGAUGGAGACAGAACCAAACACAAAGACACACACGCAGGAGUUUUUUGUUCCCUCUGUUUUCACUCCUUUCUCCACAGAAAGCCGUUGUUUCGCUUAACUGUUUUUGAUGUUGUUAUUGUUGUUUAUUUUUGUCUCAUCUUCAGAAUCAAAUAAGAAAAAGUGGACACUGGAUGGACUCUUGAAGCUGUGUAAUGUAAAAGCCAAACAAAUGUGCUUUUGUUAUUUAUGUUUGUAGCUUUUAGCCCAGGUAUAGGGGAGGACACUUUUAGUCAUUCUGUGUUUUAGUUUGUUUAACAGCAUAGUUUAUGAAGCCAGAACAGGACAAAGGGAGUGUAUGAUUGUGUGAAAACUCAAAUUUGCUUUAUUAUUAUUUUAUUUUUUUUAAUUUUAAACAUGCCAUUUUCUCAGCUAAUGCAAUGUCGAGCAAUAGUGGAACUCCCAGGCAUGAGAGUGACCUUCUUCUUUAUAUAUUCUGUCGUUUUGUAUAAAUAAAAGUGUUACUUAAUAAUUUAA